GAGUUAAUUGCAUUGUUCGAUCUUCAACGUGAAUUCUCUAUUUACCGUAUUUAAAGAAAUUACUUAAUAGAUCAAUUUUUUAUUCUUAGUUCAAUCGACGGCACUCUAAAUCUCUAGAAAAAUGCGAAAAUAUUAAACACGCAAGUAUCACGACGAGUCACGUAUCGAAAUGUCUUAUCAACUUUAAAUGAGAAUCUAACAUAUAAAAAUAAAUAAGAGCAAGAAGUAUAAUUACCAUUCUACGGCUCCAUGGAAACCUUCUGAGUUCCACUAUAUUCAAUAAAUGAUUAUUGAAAACACGUAAACGUACCGACUAUGUUGUAAAGAGAUAUCGUUAAAGCUUUGAACGGCUUGUUGCGUACUUUCACGGUUGUGGCGUGCAAUUACAUAUUUUCUGCGAAAAACUGAAUCAUAGUUCGGCAUAAUCGGCGAUCGUUAAUCGAACAUCAAACAUUUUUCUACGUAGCAGGUGAAGCGAAUGACAAGGAAUUGCCAGUGUUUGAUCAGUAUUGACGCGAGUAUGCAUCUUAGUCAAUGUCAUGUUUCACCCCCGUUUUCUGGACACCUAAUUAAAAGAAACACGUAUUCGAGGAUGCAUCGAUAUUUCUGGUUUACCAGGUUAGUUAUCACUUGCCGUAGAACGUCAUUGUACGAUUAACGUUGCCACGUUUGACGUCAUUGUUCUGUAUAAAUGCUGCAAGGAUGCUUUGCCGGACAGAAGUCCGCCACAGAGCUGUUGCAAGCUGAUUUAGUGGUUUCUCAUAGAGCAGAAGUCCUUUUCUACGAGCUAUACUUGCUUUUAUCUUUUUUAAGUGAUAAUAAUCCGAGCAAUUUUUAAAGUAGUUCUCGAGGGUGUUUCUCAGGCUUGAAAAUUAGAAGAUCGUUUCUGAACGUUGAAGGAGCAUCUUACUGAAAUAACAAGAUGAAAGUUAUCGUAGCCGCCGCCUUUCUGACUUUCCUCGGCUGCUGCGCCGCACUUCCGGUCAGGCUGGAGGAUAAUUCCAAUCCGCUUAUCGGCAUUCCGAUUUUACUCGAAGAGCCAACCGGUCCUGGAAGCAAACGACAGGAUGACUCAGCUCCAGUAACAUACGCGUUUCUGCUGAGUAAAUUGGAUGGGUCGGAGAGAGAUUUUGAUGGCACGUUGGUCGAGAAACGUGAUGUAAAAGAAAAGGAUCAGGAGGAUCUUGAAACUGCAGCCGGUACUAACGCUCUUCGACCACUGUUCGUCUAUCGACAACAGUUGGCGUACAGGCAACGACUCAGGGACUCGAAUCGUCGAGGAUAUCGAUUCUGAGCCACGUUAAUGGGAUUGGUUAUGUUGUUGACAACCUGACAAGCGAAAGGACAAGCAAUUUGCUAACUGAAGAAAUGCACGUGACAUAUGGACAUUUAUGGAAAUUUAUGAAGGACGGAAUUUUUUAAAGUUGCUUCUUGGUCUUAGACUAGGAAGAAACUUCAACUUU